GACAAGCAUUUCUCUUACUUGCAGUAUUGUUCUCAUCCAUGUUUUCCAUUGGACUAGCCAACCAUGACUUCAAUUGGGGUCCUAUAACAUGGAAUAAAACUAAUUGCCCUUUUUCUCAUCCCCCAAAUGCCACUCAGACCUCCAAUAAAUUCAUCGUUGGAGGUUCGGAAAAUUGGCAUUAUGGCUUCAACUACAUGGAUUGGGCUCGAAACAAUGGUCCGUUCUUUGUUAAUGACACCUUAGUGUUCAAGUAUGAUCCACCAAAUGUAAAUGGUACUGGAUUUCCACACAGUGUUUAUUUAUUCUCAAAUUAUCAGAGCUUCAUUAAGUGCGAUUUCAGGAGAGCUAAAAGGAUAGCAGAUCCAAGUGAAGGUGCAGAGGAAGGAUUUGAGUUUGUGUUAAAGAAAACGCAAACUUACUAUUUUGGUUGUGGAGAACACAAAGGAAUCCAUUGCAAGACUGGGAACAUGAAGUUUGCUGUGAUGCCUCUCAAACAUUGGCGUUUCUAAAAUUGGAAGAUGCGUACUGAUUAGCUACACUUUUUAUUUUUAUGAUUUUUGUGCUUUAUUACUUG